GCAGCAGCGGCCGCUGUACGUACUGCUUGUGCCGGGUAUUGGGUGCCCGAAGCUCAGCAGUGAUUCUCGAUAGAGGCCUCCUCAGCUGGAGUACAAUCGGUGCAGUGAGAACGACGGGAGAGAUCGCCUCGUCGCGUUGUCCAACACAUGGCAAAAUGUGCAACACGUGGGUAUCUCCGCCGUAUAUAUAUUGCCGCCCUCAUACUGCAACUUGGUGUCCUUGGCCAAGCUUCAAACUCGCAAGUAGCACGAUUCUCACGUGCGGUCAGUCGGAGAAGAGGCAGCAGCAAGGAGGGUGAUGCGUUUGUUGGCUUGCCGGCCGCACCGUUGGCAUGGCGACAUCGGUGCCAUAAACUCGGCACGCACCCGGCAGGCUGCAAACGGAUUGCGCGACUAGCCCCACCGGCAGCGGCGUGUUGGCCAGAAGGAUCGUCGGGGUUAUCUGCUACCGGACCGGAAUCGGAACCACCCGAAGAGGUGCAGUACGGCUUUUGGGCACCGGCAUCGAAAGAGCUGCACCGUAUCCACUGGGCACCACCGGCAUCGAAGAAGGCACGAUUCGGCGGCCCUUCGCAUUCCGCCUCGGGGCGGCUAGGCGGGUUGCUGGCGAGCCGCGGUCAGCCGUACAACGUCGUGCUAACGCACAUUUCGGCCGAUUUUGAUUCCUUAGCGGCCGCGGUGGGAGUCGCCAAGCUGUGGAACGCAGAAGACCGAAAGGCAAGUGUUCCGACCUACGUUGUUCUCCCGCGAGGAGCCCAUCCGUCAGUGUCCAAGUUCUUGGCGUUACAUCAGGAGCUCUUCCCCAUCCUGGGGCUAGAGCUGCUGGACCCGACAGGGGCUCGGAAGGUAGGGAUGUGUGAUGCGCAAACGCGAGAUCGCGUGGGGCCAGCGAGCGAGCUCCUGGACCAGGCGGAGAGUGUCCACGUGUAUGAUCACCACGUGGACAAGGACUCGGACAUCGUCGACGCUGUCCUCCACAUCGAGAGCGUGGGUGCGGCAACAACCAUGGUGACGGAGAUGAUCCGGUCGGGUCUCGAGCAAGGAGCCGGGGUUGGAGUUGAGCUUACGGAGGCGGAGGGUACGCUCCUUGCUCUGGGCAUUCAUGGGGACACAGGGUCGUUGACGUACGAUUCUGCGACGGCGCGGGACGCAGCCGCCCUGGCGUGGCUCAUGACGCAAGGCUGCCAGCAAACGGUGGUGUCCGAGUACACGCAUACGUCGCUGUCGGAGGGGCAACAGUCUUCCCUCGUGGAGGCCUUCGGGUCCCUGGAGAAGCGGCAACACAAAGGCGUCUCGGUCGGCAGCGUGCUCCUCGUUAACGAGGAAAGGGUUGCCGGCAUGGCCAGGGUGGCCCAAAACUUGCUCGACAUGUCCGAGGUCGGAGUCCUCCUGGUCGGGGAGAUGCACCCCAGCAAGCCCGGCCGAGCGAAAGACCGCCUCGCUCUUAUCGGUCGAGUGAUUUCGUCGGUCGAGAGCGUCGACUUCAACGCCCUCUUCAAAAGGCAAAGAGCAGCGUUUGGCGCCGGGGGGCAUCCCAAAGCAGCGGCCGCGUCCGUCCGAUUAAGUGGCGAGGAUCCAGAGACUGAGGCUCGCGAGCUCAUGAGCAGCCUUGUGGAGACAAUCUGCAAGGAGCAGAUCCUGGAGCCGGAGCUGGUUGCAGAAGACUUCAUGACGUCUCCUGUCCUGUCAUGCCAACCUAGCACCACCCUGCUGCAGGCCGAAGAGAUUCUCCGAAGACAUGGCCUCUACGCCUUGCCGGUGUUGGGGCAAGAGGGGGAGGAAGCCGACAAGCUUCUGGGGCUCAUAACGUGCGCGGAAAUUUCGAAGGCAUUCAGGAAAGACGAGCAGGGCGCUGCGAAUAGACCGGUGACGGGGUUCAUGCUGACCAAGGUUACGCGAGUCUGCCCGUCUGCCCCCAUGCACAAGAUCAGGAAGAGGAUGGCAGAGAGCACUCGUGGGGGGAGAGCGGUUGUCGUGGAUGGGUCGGGACGAUUGCGAGGGAUCAUUACGAGAACGGACCUGUUGCGGCAGUACCACUUCUACCGCCAGCUAAAGCGACGAGGACAGGGGCCGCUUCACCGGGAAUGGAUAGGGGCGGCGGCGCAGCCGGGAGAGGCGAUAUGCAGCAACCCCGACGCCGACGAGGUUGUAUCCGCAGCCGUCGCCGGUUUCUUAGGGUGAUCGGGGCGUUCAGGAUCUCUGUCUAGACUAGACCAUCGGGUCUAGUCUGUUAGAAGAGACUGUGUUGGACGGCAGCCUCUAUCUUUCUAGACUGUCAGAACAACAGGUAGCCCUCUAGACUGUGAGGAGAGACAGCAUGGUUUGUAUUUUCCACCGUUUGCUUCUUGUUUCCGGCCCGUUUGUUGUCGUGGUGUCUGCUUCGUUGGUCUACCAUGCGAUUAGUCAAGUUGGUCAGUCGCCGUUGGGUGGGGUCGUUCGCUGCUGAUGCUGUUAUGCCGUCGUGACGCCUCCUCCUGCCUUUCGCGUAGCAAAAAAAUAGUUUGGAGGACGGCAUUAUUGUAGGCGGUUGGAGUGUUGCAUUUUAUCGAGACGUGACCUGCACUCUCAUCUCGAGAGUCCAUCUCCGGAGAUCACUCAGAGCUACCCCCCGCACUUCUGAACCUCUACUUUUGCCUUCGGCUGACUUAGGCUGAGGUUUUUAAGGUUAUGUGACACAAUGGCCGCUAUUCAUACAGGGUUUUGUGUAAGGGUGCUCAACCGGGCUCACAAAUGGUGCUAAAGUUGUUAGAUUUUCAGGUUUUUGGGGCUCAUAGCGAAGUUCUUAAGCGCAGACGCUGUCUGUAUCCCGGCCGUGUUCCGGACGAAGCUCGGCAUCCGUGCCGGCCGCUCCGCUGUACGUAUGACCGCUGUUAGGCAAGGGCGGAGAGAGGGCAUGUGUGUUUGUUCUCCCUCCUGGCUAGCACUACUACAGCAGUACUGUACUGCCGUUGGCAGUGGACUUGCGGGGGGUGUGGUGUUGGAUGUGUCUCUAGGCUAGCUGCUGCAUCAAAGGUACACUGUUGAAAACUUUCGUUGUGUGAGUGUGGUUCGUAGGCCGUUUACUUUUAUACUCCGCAGUAUUGUAGAAACAAACGCAUCUUCAGAGAAAGGGGGGAGAGCUCGAAGAUGGAAGGAUGAAUGAACAGCUGUUGUUUUACCCUGUGAUAUCGGUGCGUUCUGGAGCACUUCCGGCACAGGCAACGGAUUGGGCUGCUGUCUUCAUGGCUGGAUUUAUUGGGAAGAGGGGGUGACGUGUUUUGGCUAGUCGGCUGGUGUAAACUACACCCUUCUUGUAUAAAUAUUGAAGAUAUGGGGUCUGUCCCAUGAAAUGAUUGCGUGUCUGUUUUGAAGUUUUAACGUAGUCCAACGAAGCAAAAAUCUGAG